CUGGCCCUCAUUCAGUCUGUCUCCGAGCGUUGCCGUGGCAUAACGUUCGAUAGAAUUUUAUAUUAUUAUGCACAGUAUACACUAACUUAUUACUUUUAAAAUAACCGCCGGGUGUAUAGCAGCCGGGAUAUUAUUAUAUUGUCGAGAAACAUUUUUUGAAGAAGUCAUUGACAUAUCAGGACAUCUGCAAACGAUUAACAAUGCUGAAGAUAGGAGCGCUAAUAUUUUUAAUAUCAUCAACACUGGUGAAUAGCCAGUGUUUCUACAAGGAUGAUUCAUCAAAGAAGCUUAGUCCGGAAUCGCGGAUGUCUUUGUAUCGUGGACAACUGGAGUUCACUCUCCAUCUCUUUAAUGAAAUAAACAAAAAGGUGCCCGAUGAUAACAUAUUCUUUUCACCGUUCUCCGUGUACCACGCACUGUUGCUGGGAUACUUCGGAGCGGGUGGACAAACUGAGCAAUCGUUGAAACGAUCUUUGAAAAUCGCGGACAAAAUGGACAAGAUCAACCUGAUGACAGCGUACAAGGUGGACAAGACGUCGCGUGCAAUGAACAACAACAGUGACAGCUACGAGUUCACGUCUGUCAACAAGAUGUUCGUGGAUCGCGGCCUGCAUGUGCGACAGUGCAUGCUCGACGUACUUGGCGCUGAAAUUGAAGCCUUGAAUUUCCAAGGACAGCCGGGCGAGUCACGCGAAUACAUAAACGAUUGGGUUUCAAGAGUCACAAAGAACAAUAUAAAAGACUUCCUACCCCCUCGUGCGAUUACAGAAAUAACUAGAUUGGUUUUAACCAAUGCGGCUUACUUCAAAGGAUUAUGGGCAUCGAAGUUCUUGCCCGAAAGAACGAAAAAGGAACCCUUCUUUGUGUCUGAGAGUCGUCAGACAUUAACGCAUUUUAUGAAACAGAAAGGAAUCUUCCAUUAUAUGGUGAACGAUGACCUUGGCGCUCAGAUCUUGGAGCUUCCAUACAAAGGCAAUGACAUCAGCAUGUACAUUUUCCUGCCACCCUACUCCAUGAAGGAAGGUGUGACAAAUAUAAUCGCUAACCUGACACCGGAGCGUCUCGCCGCCGUAGUGGAGGAGAGCUUCAUGGGCCGCGAAGUCGUGGUAGAGAUACCCAAGUUCACGAUGGAGAGGUCGCUUAGUAUCAAGAGUGUUUUAGAAGGGUUGGGAGUGGGUGACCUGUUCAACUCAAGCGCAGACUUCUCUACGCUGACUGAAGACCACGGCAUUCGAUUUGAUGAUGCCAUCCAUCAAGCGAAAAUACAAGUUGACGAAGAAGGUACGGUGGCGGCGGCGGCCACCGCGAUCUUCGGCUUCAGGUCGUCUCGGCCGGCGGAGCCCAGCGUCUUCAUUGCCAACUUCCCCUUCGUGUACAUCAUCUACGAGCGCCCCACCAACUCUGUGCUUUUCAUGGGCGUCUACAGGGACCCUAAGAAAUAGACUGCUUACUUUAAGAUGUAUUUAUUUAUUUUAUCUUUCUUUAGCUAUACACUUAAGAAAAAAUGUCUCACUAGAUAAACAAUUUGUAUUUAUGUUGGUAAGCAAGUUGGAAUUAAUUGAAUCUGUUUAAGCGUUGGUCGUCGAGCACCCUUUUGGUGAUAUUAAUUACCUAGUGAUUAUGGUACACACACAAGAACAGAAGUUGUUAAGUGCAUAAUUUGAUUAAAUGAUCGUUAUUAAUCGGAUUAAAAAAAUUACAAGACAAUA